AUGACUCGGUGGAUGUUUAGCUUCGGGCAGUGGAUGCUUGGGGCUUCCGGUGCCGCCGAUCUGUUGUGGACCAUGCAGUGCUUUACCUUGUCUGCGCCGGAUGGCUCCCGGUACCUGGAAAAAGUGCGCUGUCCGGUGAUGGUGACAGGGGCACGACAGUCGCUGUACUCGCCGGGACUCGGGUUCAAUGAAUUCAAACACAUAUACUGUAACCUCGAGAGCGGAGAGGGACCAGAGUCAGGCAAGGGAAGCAAUCCAGACUCGAAGGAUCGCAAAGAAGCUGAUGAGUCGCUCAGGGAUCACGGGGCUGCUGGAACGCGGUAA